AUGGUGGUCCAGAGUGGUCUUCUCCGAAGUGGAAACGAGGGACGGUACUCGACGCACUUGCUCACUCAGCUUGUGGCUCGAGAGUAUGUCCAGGCACACGAUGAACUGAAUGUCGAAGGAAUCGAAGAUGCUACCUGCAAGUCGCUAAUCGAGUUAACCAAGUCAAUUGAUAUCAAAGCACACGUAUACUCUAAGCAUGUCGACAAGUUCACUGAUCAUGUCUUUGCCGAAGGAUACACCAAGCUCGAACAUGUCAGACUCGCCACUCGACAGGGAGAGCUUGCCGAGGAGAGAGGCUGGUUUGGGGCUGCAAGUGAUCGAUUUGAGACCCAUUUCAAGCGGGCUGUGCAGUACUUCGGCACCGAAGAACAUAUUGAAAUCGUUGGGAUCCUGAACCACCUCGGCGACAAUCAUCGCCGGCUGGGCCACUUGGAUCCGGCCGAGGAUUCACUUAAUCGUGCCCUUCGAAUUCUCACUUCGAUUGAAGGACAUACAAGCCAUCCACAGGCUGCGCUCAUUCUGCAUCACAUGGGUCUUGUGUCACGCGAACGAGGACGCUAUGUUGCUGCCAAGGAAUAUUACGAUCGAGCACUGAAGCAACAACUCGAGACCCAUGGGACACGUAUCCAUCUCGAUAUUGCCGAGACUCUUGAAGAUACAGGAUACAUCCUCUCGGCACAGGGAAAAUACAAGGAGGCUGAGAGACUCUACCACGAGGUAUUUAACAUUCGUCUACAGAUUCAUGGAACGAGGGAACACAAAGACAUUGCAGCGGUGCUUGGAUGUCUUGGUGAUGUCGCCUCCUCCUUGGGCAACUACGAGGUUGCCCUCAAGUACUACCAGGAGGCACUCGAUAUCAAAACCAAAGUCUCUGGCACACGAGAGCAUCCCGAUGUCGCCACUACGAUCCACCAGAUGGGUAAUAUCGCCGAGUCUCAAGGCAACUACGAGGCUGCCCUCAAAUACUACCGAGAUGCGUUAGAGAUCGAAACCAAAAUCUAUGGCACACGAGAACACCCCGAAGUAGCCACUACGAUAGAAUGUCUGGGCAAUAUCGCUUCUUCUCAAGGAAACUACGAGGCCGCCCUCAAAUACUACCAGGAAGCGUUAGAGAUCGAAACCAAAGUCUUUGGCACACGGGAGCAUCCUGAAGUUGCCACCACAAUUCACAACAUAGGGAGUAUCGCCGAGUACCAAGGAAACUACCAGGCUGCCCUCAAGUACUAUCAGGAAGCACUCGACAUCUCCAUCAAGAUCUAUGGCACACGAGAACACCCCUCGGUCGCCGCCACGAUAGAAUGUCUGGGCAAUAUCGCUUCUUCUCAAGGAAACUACGAGGCCGCCCUCAAAUACUACCAGGAAGCGUUAGAGAUCGAAACCAAAGUCUUUGGCACACGGGAGCAUCCCGAUGUCGCCACUACGAUCCACCAGAUGGGCAAUAUCGCCGAUUCCCAAGGAAACUACCAGGCUGCCCUCAAAUACUACCAGGAAGCGUUAGAGAUCGAAACCAAAGUCUUUGGCACACGGGAGCAUCCCGAUGUCGCCACUACGAUCCACCAGAUGGGUAAUAUCGCCGAGUCUCAAGGCAACUACGAGGCUGCCCUCAAAUACUACCGAGAUGCGUUAGAGAUCGAAAUCAAAAUCUAUGGCACACGAGAACACCCCGAAGUAGCCACUACGAUAGAAUGUCUGGGCAAUAUCGCUUCUUCUCAAGGAAACUACGAGGCCGCCCUCAAAUACUACCAGGAAGCGUUAGAGAUCGAAACCAAAGUCUUUGGCACACGGGAGCAUCCUGAAGUUGCCACCACAAUUCACAACAUAGGGAGUAUCGCCGAGUACCAAGGAAACUACCAGGCUGCCCUCAAGUACUAUCAGGAAGCACUCGACAUCUCCAUCAAGAUCUAUGGCACACGAGAACACCCCUCAGUUGCCUCCACGAUUCAUUGCCUCGGUUAUAUUUCCGAUUCCCAAGGCAACUACGGCACCGCCCUCAAAUACUACCAGGAGGCACUCAAUAUCAAGACCAAAGUCUAUGGCACACGAGCACAUCCCGAAGUCGCCUUAACGAUCCUUCGUCUUGGUGGUGUCGCUCGAUCUAGAAAUAAUUAUGAACAAGCCGAAGUAUGCUACCUUGAGGCACUAGACAUUUAUGUCAAGACAUUCAAUACUCGCCAGCAUGAAAAGGUCGCCCGGACCUUGAACGAGUAUGGCAAACUCAAGUAUUUGCAAGGCCAGCUCUCCGAAUCACAAAGCAUGCUCAAGGAAGCCUUGAGUAUCUCCAUGCAUAUCUACAAAGUUCGGAAGCAUCCCAUGAUUGCCACCACCCUCAAAAAUCUGGGUGACGUGUCCAAUGCUCAGGGUGAAUACGCCGAUGCACUCAACUUGUACCAGGAAGCUCUGGACAUUUGGACAGCCACACUCAAUAAUCCAAAACACAAGGAUAUCAAAGAAGUGACAAAAUGUAUUGCCGAUAUUCGAGGCAGGAAUCGUAAGCAAUCCCGUCGGGUCGCACCGUUGGAUGUCGAAUUCUCACACAAGCCUCGGCUAGGGAACCAACGCAAGUGGUUUCGAUGUUUCAUCAUUUGAACGAGCGCGUUCAUUUCCGAACGCCUCAAUGUCUCUUGUGGUGGCAAAUGACACGACAUAUUGUUUGGAAGUCUCAAAAAAUCACACGAGGCGCUUGUGCAUC